UCCACCCUUUCUACAGUCUUCAUCGCGGGCCGUCCAUGCGGAAUGGUGUUCUUUCGGGGAUUAAGUUGCAACUAUGAGUGCUUAAAGUGUUACUUUACCAGUGCCUAGUUUUGUUUCAUUGACUGUUCUUUUCCACCAUGGAGCCUUUGGAUUAUGUGAUUUUUGUGUCAAGGAGAGGUGACACGGCGUAGUUCUUAAGGUCGUCCUAAGAAGGGCCUCGGAUGACAUUAACUCACUCUAAGUGGGAAUUACAUACAAACCAAAGAUAAUCUGCAAUGGAGCAGUUUGAACAAUUGCUUACUUGUGCCAUCUGCUUGGAUCGGUACCGCAACCCCAAGCUGUUACCAUGCCAACACUCCUUCUGCAUGGAGCCCUGCAUGGACGGGUUGGUCGACUAUGUCCGAAGACAGGUAAAAUGUCCGGAGUGUCGAGCAGAACACCGUAUCCCAUACCAGGGAGUCCAGGGCUUCCCUACAAACGUCACCCUCCAACGCUUCUUGGAGCUGCACAUAGAGAUCACAGGAGAGCUGCCAGACCCUACCAGUGGCCAGGUGAUGAAGCGGUGUGGUGUGUGCUCAGAGAAGGCAUACUGCAGCAUGUGUGUACACUGCGAGAAGGAUAUUUGUCCGGACUGCAAAGGAGCCCACAUGGAUAUCCUGCGAAGGGAAAUUUCCAGGAUAAACAAUCAGGUCCGGAGAGGUCUUCACCGACUACAAGACCUACUUGCAGUCGUAGAGAAGAACAUGCUUGCGUUACAAACUAACUGUACCUCUGUGUCAGACGAAGUAGACGAAAUCUACAGAAGACUAAACAAAGCACUCAAGGAUCGAACCGAGUUUUUACGUGGAGAAAUUGACAGGUAUUUGUCAACAGAACUGAAAAACCUCAAUACGUUAAAGGACAAUUUAGAAACAGAAAUUUCCAACAUACAGGCAAACUGUGAUCUAGCUGAUAAGCAUAUGCAGUCGGAGGAGAUAGAGUGGGACGAUUGUGAAUUGAUGGACGCCAAAGAGAUUUUUCUAAAGACUGUCGAGUUUGUAAGAAACUUCGAAGCUGAGACUGGAGAUUACACGAGAAAAGCAAGAUUCAUCAUGGCACACGACCCCAACCAACUAGUCCUGCAUGUGGCUGGUUAUGGAGACCUGUCUAUUAACAUGCCCCAUCAAUUUACUGGUAACCAAUCAUCCAACCAGAGUGGAGGGGGUAUGUUACAACCUCCUGGGCCAGGCCUGAUGAGAUCUAAGAGUGACCAUAGGUUGGCCUCGCAGUACAGACAACAAGAACAGUACGACAGGGGCUACGAGGGGUCUGAAUCAGGCAGAGUGUCGCCCUUGGGUGGAAGAAAAUUCGGGGAAAGACCUGCAGCUAGAAAUACUGGUGACCAAUACGAAGGUGGAAGAUACGGCAGAAAUAGAGACAGGGGAGACUAUGGUGGAGAUUACGAUUCUCCCUAUGACGAAGGAAACCGAUCCACAGCAAGAUCUAGGAUCAGGGCCAGGAUGAACCGCCACGCCGCCGGUGACUCAGAUGAUGAUACGUCUGGAGGAAGAUCUGUCAGAUUCACCGAAGGAAGUCACACACAACAGAAAGAAAGAGAACGUGUCCUUGACACCGAGGAUGUAGCCAAAGGACCACUCAGUGGAAUUACCAGACUCUACGACUCUCCUAGAGUAAUGAAGAGGCUGCAAGACUCUGAGACAAAAAAGGACAAACCUCCCCCACCUGCCGCACCACCAGUUCAAAAGUUCCAACCACCAAAGAGACCGGUGGCUGCAGCUCAGCGACAGAUAAGUGAGGAAGAUGAAGUGACUAAGAUCAAAAGGUUGAUGAAGAACGCACCUGGGGAACCGGCAUCUUCAGCUCCUGAACCGGUUCGUCCUGCAGCAGAUAGGGUGUCUGCCUUGAAGGGACGAUCGGAAGAAGAGAGAGAGGACCGUCAACAAGCGUCUUCACCGACGUCAGGGUCUUCUAGGUCAACACCGUCUUCAGAACCCACCACCAGGAAGCCAUCACAGGAGGUAAUGUCAAGUGAAGCAGACUCAGAUGAUGGAUCCUCUGUAAGCUCCUUACAGCAAACCCAAAGAAAGACUUCUGUUGCAGCCAAGACCACGCCUACUUCCGGUUCCAGGCGGUCUUCCACUUCCUCUGAAGUCACCACUACAGGACCCCAGCCGCCCCUGAUUCUUGUAACGUGUCCCCUCGCCGCCUCCAGAGCUGCCCCCGCUGCACCCACCCCCGCUCCAGCCCCUGCCAGCCCUCGCCUCCAACACACGGGCGCGGUCUUCUCCACUGAGGAAGUGAAAAGGAGAUUUCUCCUUCAUUCCGACCCGAAGGAGCCAGAACCUAAAAAGCCUUUCGUCAGCCGUUUUCUCAAACGAGCUAACAGGGCAAGUGUUGGGACCUCCAGCACUCCAUCAACCCCAACAACUCCUACAGCUCCGACUCCGGCAGCCAAGGUAGAAGAGGAUGAGGAAGAGGAAAGCAGCGAGGAGAGUUCUGAAAGUGAAGAGUCAGAGUCCGAAGAGGAAUCAGACGAUAAGACGAAGACGGUGACUAAGCCCAUGGAGAAGACAGACAUUGGUCCUCUUCUGGCAAGAUCUCAACAGGCAAGGGAUUCUGGGAGCGGUACUAGCACGAGGAGGAGUAGCAAAGACGAAGGUUACACUUCAAGAUGGGGAGACCAGUCUUAUCUUACGAGAGAAUCGUCCCAGGCUCCUGCGAGCAUACUAAAGAGAAGAGAAAGUCAAGAGCAAGAGGUUACAGGAAACAGGUAUGGCCAGCCCAGCUACAGAACAUCUUACGCUAGAGAUAGGGACGACCCUCACUCUUAUCUUACUAGAUCCAGAGACCCUGAUCCUGAAUCAACCGGGUCGAGGUACGGUGAUAGCUCUUAUCAGUCAAGAUACGGUAACAAGGACGACUCCUCCAGUACCACCCCCAGCUGGCGUUCCCGAACGUCCACCACCACAGCCGAGGAGGAACCUACCUCCUCCAGGUACGGUCCUGGGGGGUUCCAGAGCCGAUUCCUGAACAAGAGCAAGAGCACGGCCGCCGUCAGUCCGGAGGAGGAGGCGCCUGAAAGGAAGUUCUCUUCUGCUGGCACUGAUGACUCCAGAUACCCAAGCACGGCUAGGUCCAGAUACUCCGCCCUCAAGGACCGCAAGACCCGUCUAGCUCGCAGUAAGAGUUCUCACAACUUCGGAGCUGACGAAGACGAAGACCCGGACGAGACGACGUCGCCUGCAGCAUACAUGGCGGCCAAGGGGUACGGCCAGAGUGGAAGUGACCUGGCCAGGAGUCGUUCAACUCACACUCUCAAAUCACGAGAGAACUCGCCCGAACGCCCUUCUUCCACAGCUGGAGCCAGCAGUGGUGAGAAGGACGGCGCCGCCCUCAGUUCAUGGGCAAGGUACCUCAAGAACAAGUACGGCAACAGAGGCAAGGAUGGUAAAGACACCAGCAGUGGUACAGCCUCUAGACGACUCAGUCUUGGGCUUCCUCUCAGGACCAACUCAGAAGACAGCUCUGCAGACGAUCAAAAAAACCUGCCAGGCUCCCCCACCUCUCCUACUCAAGUUAUGGCUCCGGCCGGUUUCGCAGCAGUCGGUACUAAGAACCAGUACCUGCAAAAGCGGCGGAUGCUGUUCAAGGUAGGGAGUCGGGGGAGCGAGCCUGGAUGUUUCACUUGGCCACGAGGUAUUGCCGUGGCUCCAGACAACUCCAUCGUAGUCGCGGACUCUUCCAACCACAGAGUUCAGGUUUUUGACUCUAACGGAAUAUUCUCCAAGGAGUUUGGAUCGUACGGGAACGCAGAGGGGGAGUUUGAUUGCUUGGCUGGGGUGGCGGUCAAUAGGAUCGGCCAGUUCAUCAUUGCAGACCGAUACAACCACCGCAUACAGGUGAUGGAUCCGUCAGGAAGAUUCCUAAGAUCGUUCGGAUCCCAAGGCACAGCUGAUGGGAGAUUCAACUAUCCAUGGGGCAUCACCACAGACGCUCUCGGCUUCAUUUAUGUUUGUGAUAAAGAAAACCACAGAGUACAGGUGUUCCAGUCUGAUGGCACUUUUGUAGGCAAGUUUGGUUCUCAUGGCAGUAAACAAGGACAACUAGAACAUCCUCACUACAUCGCAGUUUCCAACACCAACAAGGUGAUUGUAAGUGAUUCCAACAACCAUCGCAUUCAAGUUUUCGACGUAAACGGCCGAGUUCUAAAUUCUUUCGGCACUGAAGGGUCGGAAAAUGGGCAGUUCAAGUUCCCAAGAAAUGCACUCCCUCCUUCCAAGGACCCGACACCCGCCAAGCCGACCAGGCGUGGCGGUCGACGACCAAGGGUACAUAAUCGUCGGGGACUCAGGCAACAACCGCAUCCAGAUCUUCAACCCGGACGGCAGCUUCCUGAGGGCGUUCGGGUGUUGGGGCUCGGGAGACGGGGAGUUCAAGGGACUGGAGGGAGUCGCAGUGAUGUCCAAUGGGAACAUUCUGGUGUGCGACCGCGAGAAUCACCGCCUUCAGGUCUUCUAAGAAGGCAGAUCUCCACUCCAAACCAAUCAUCACCAAAGUACGAAGUAGACCUAGAGAGACCCACAUCUAACGUUCACUCCCCCAAAAGAUUCACUCGAUCGAUAUCAUUCGAAGAAAACUUAGUGUCCACCGAACUGUCCCGUGAGCAAUCACCGAGGUAUUCUUCCAUUGAUCCAAACUCCUCUCCGAGUUUGUUGACCAACUAUUUUAGAUCGUCAUCCUUAGAAGAACCCAUUUCAAAUUCAAACGAACACGAAAUCAGCUUCAGAAGACCUUUACAUAGGGAAACCCCAUCUUCCACUUCCUUAGACAGAUCAGCGUACUUCUCCAGGGCAUCGUCUUUUGAGGAGUACUCAAGAAACAAUGUCGAGUAUGGAUCUCACAAAUUAGAUUUUCCAGCUGCAUCUGAUAGAAAACUAAUUACACCAUCUCAAUCUACCUUUACUUCAUCUGCGUUAGGUUCGAUUGUGCCAUGUUCCAGUCGUGAUCAUUCAUUUUCUUCCCGUCCUCCUUAUUUUGGAAGAUCGAUAUCCUACGAAGGAAGAGUUCCUUGUGAUAUAGAAUAUCAAAACCCAUCUUUCAAACGAUCUAGUAGUCCUUCAACAAGUUUCUUACAAAGAUCAGCUGGUAAUACUGGCAAACCUGAUGCUCUGCGACGUACUAUUUCUUACGAGCAAAGUUCGAUCACUAGUGUUCCAGCUCCAGUUUUCGGACGUAGACCCGGCUCCAGCGGCCAGAACCCUCGUCGACCUCUGUUGUCCCGUCGUUUGUCUAUAAUUUAAGUUACCAUUUUCAAAUAUUGUUUUAUAGUCAAAGCAAUGUAUUUUCUUUUGUUAUGUAUAGUUGACCAUAGGUCACUACUUAUUGAUAGCUUGGAUUGGUUCUCUUCAAUUUCUGUAAAGUCUGUAAUAGAUAUUUAUCAAAACUCUGUGCAUUUAUACUAUUAAUUCUAAUUGGUAAACCCCUUAAGAUACAAAACCCUACGCCUACGUAGAAUCAUUAGAAAACUUAACAUAUCUUGUUACUAAAUAACAAAACCGCUAUGAUUGUAGAGUUUUCAAUUUACAAAAGGUUUCUAUAGCAUCUUUACUAUUUUUUCUAAAAUAGGUAGAUGAUUGUUACCAGAAAUCGAAAUACUAUUUGUUUUGUUGAUAAUUUUAUAACAUAGAAAUUAAGUGAUAUUGAAUGUGUUGUUAGCACGUGUAUUGGAUACUGACAAUAAAUUGUUUUAAUCUGUUGA